UAUACUGAGCACUAAGAGUUUUUCUUCAUAGGUUUUUUAAGCUCAGGUGAAGGUUACAGGACAACAUGGGCGCGUAUCUGUCGAAACCCAAUACGGAGAAGAACACAGCUAACGGGGGGAACCAGAACCUGCGCUACGGGCUGGCGGCCAUGCAGGGAUGGCGUGUUUCAAUGGAGGACGCUCACAAUUGUAUCCCAGAGCUGGAUGAAGAGACGGCCAUGUUCGCUGUUUAUGAUGGACACGGAGGUGAAGAAGUUGCUUUGUACUGCUCCAAGUAUUUACCAGACAUCAUAAAGCAGCAGAAAGCAUAUAAAGAUGGUAAACUGCAAAAGGCUCUGGAAGACGCUUUCCUGGCUAUUGACAGCCAAAUCACCACAGAAGAGGUUAUCAAAGAGCUUGUUCAGAUAGCUGGCCGUCCACAAGAGGAGGCAGCACCAGAAAAAGUAGCGGAUGAGGAUGAUGUGGACAAUGAGGAAACAGCUCUUCUGCAUGAAGAGGCCACAAUGACAAUUGAGGAGCUGCUUGUCCGCUAUGGGCAGAACCUGAAUAAAUCGGUCAAAAAGCUUGGACAGGAUACCACCAAAGAGUUGGAAAACCGAGAUGUCCACGCUGAUAAUAAAGGGAUCAACGGUGAGACAGAAUGUGGGGCAUCUGAAACUGACAGCAAUGGAAAAGCGAAGCUGGAAGAGACGGCUGGAGACUCCAAAAUGAGGGCAUGCAGGAGAGCGACAGCCUCAUGUGGAGGGAGCUCUGCAGUCGAAGGUUCCUCUGACGGGGAGAAAGCCGGAGCCACAGCGGACGCAGGUCCUUCCUGUUCCUCCUCUGCAGCACCCACACCAGGAAGUGCCAAAUCAAAGUUCUUCGAGGACAGUGACGAGUCAGAAGAAGGGGAAGAUGAAGAAGAGGGCAGUGAUGAAGAGGAUGGCAGUGAGCAGGACGGUGGGGACAGCAGUGAAAAUGAAGAGGAUGACACAGAGGAGGAGGAGGAAGAAGACACUGAUGAAGAAGAAGAAGAAAUGUGUUUGCCAGGGAUGGAUGGGAAAGAAGAGCCUGGCUCAGACAGCGGGACUACAGCUGUAGUGGCUCUGAUUCGUGGUAAACAGCUAAUUGUAGCCAAUGCUGGAGACUCACGCUGUGUUGUCUCGGAGAGGGGCAAAGCAGUGGACAUGUCCUACGAUCACAAGCCAGAAGAUGAACUGGAGCUAGCCAGAAUAAAGAAUGCAGGAGGCAAAGUGACCAUGGAUGGCCGUGUAAACGGAGGACUUAACCUUUCCAGGGCCAUUGGGGACCACUUUUACAAGAGGAAUAAGAACCUCCCACCUGAGGAACAGAUGAUUUCUGCUUUACCAGAUGUCAAAGUACUGACUCUCAAUGAAGAGCAUGAAUUCAUGGUGGUUGCUUGUGAUGGAAUCUGGAACGUAAUGAGUAGCCAGGAGGUGGUGGAGUUUGUAAACGAGAGAUUGAAAGCAGAAGGAAGCGAGACCAAGCCACUGUCUGCUGUUAUUGAAGAGCUGCUUGACCACUGCUUGGCACCAGACACAUCUGGCGAUGGCACAGGCUGUGACAACAUGACUUGUAUGAUUGUCAAGUUCAGACCCUUCAGUGGUACCAAUGCGGACGAGAACACAAAGAAACGCAAGCCCGAGGAACAGGUGUCUGAGGAGAAUGGCAAUGCCAACAAAAAAUCCAAAACGGAAUAGAGCUCCCAUCAGUGGUCUCUCUACACUCUUCUGAAUCUAAACAGAGACACAACUCUACUAGACUUUUUUUUUAUGAAUGACAUCCCAGGAAAAUGUUUUAAUUUGAGAUAAUUUGAAGGUGCAAGAAAUUUGAACUGUACACCAGCCAUCUGUUUCCCAAUGUUUUGGAAUGAAUUUGUUUAGAGGCCCUCAGCAACCUGACCACAUGAAUGAGAGCAGCUGUUUCAAUGGACGGCACUCACAUCAAAUUUGUGAACUUUUAUGUGCUCAUAUCCUUGUAUAUAAUUUUUUCCAGGAACUUGUCAUCAUUUUCUUUCAUUGUAUUUGUGAUGCUCUGAACACCCAUGUAAUUGUAUUCAAAUACAUUUUUUUGUAAAUUGUGA